AUGGCGGUCAAUCGGGUUUCGAUUGUGACUUUAGAACCUAAAAUUGAAUCAAUGGCUAUUAGUUUGAGAGACAGGGUUCUAAACUAUGAGUCUAGUUUCAAAACUGUAGCUUUAGCGAACGAAAUUCGCCAACUUUGUUCCGAUAAAAGAUCGGAUCCUUUUCAAGUUUUGAGUUUGGUCGAGCCUUGGGGAACCGAGGACGAGACUGCUUCGGUGCUGAUUUCUCAUCUUUCGAGUGGGGAUGAAGACGAGCUCGCUUGGCCAAGUCAGGUUCUCUGCUCAAUUGUGCUUCCCAGGUUUUUGGUUCUAGCAGAACCAGUUUCCCGUCUGCUACUGACUUCGACGAUCGAGUACUGCAAGUUUCAUCAGAGGGCCGCGGUACACGGAUUAUUGUUUCCACUCGCACUGCGAAAAGAGGGUAUCAACACCCCGAUCUGUGAUGUGAUCACCAGGAUCUUGAAGGAAUGCCUCCACCCGGCUCAUGUAUCCGCCUUCUGUCGGAUGCUUCUAUGCGGAGGAGAGGAGGAGAGGAGUUUCGUCUUGCUUCCAUGCCACGAAUUUCUCUUCUCGAACGAAUUUGUGUGGACGGACUCGCUGUUUAACCUAUUACACAACAUCUUGAACCAUAAUGUUCACUUAACUCAGGAUUCUGUUGAUCGUCUUGUGUACCAUGUUAGGCAAAUGGCUGAAACAUUUUCCAAAUCUUUAAAAUUUGGAAACUUUUUGUUAUGUCUGGUCACGAAAUGUUCUUCCAUGCUUAAGUCGCAUAAGGAUUUAUUGACCGAAGCAGUGGAGUCCACCGACACUCUUGUUACAAGAUCCAUAUUAUCAAAAGUGCUGAUAAUGUUGCUAUAUAUGAUGACUAUAGAAGCUAUAUAA